UUUGGAGCAAAAUGUCGGCGAGGUGUCGUCGUUCGGUGGACGUGUGAGGUUUUAGUCAAUUUUGUGGGUGAAAAGUGUUCAUUAUCUUGCUAAAUUGCGUGCAAUCUGUGCAUCGAGGGUCCCUCUUCCGCUCUAAGGAGUGUUUAUUGUGCUCAAAGCCGGGGAUUUGUCCCGCAGGACGCGAGGAAAGGUGUGAUUUUGUGCUCUCGACAUCAGUGGAGUUUUUGUCGAUUUGUCUGCAUCGGGAGUCCUACUUUUGUGAUUGAACCCCUCCGGAGGGUCUUUCCCAGCUUCUGGACAGGCGGCGGAGAUCUGUGGUGGCGAGCGAGGCUCUGGCAAGGAGCCCUCCGUGGAUUACGGUGUAAACAAAGACGCGCAAGAAGCAGACAGGCGGAGUAUUUCACUUGCUGGGCGAUUUUGGAGCACGAGGAAGCACGCAAUGAUGGCGAUUCUCUAUGACUUUGCAAGACUGUUCUUCUGGGUUUCACUGCCGAUGGUUGUGACUGGCGCAAGAGGUGCAUACGAUGGUGGCCGGAUUUUGGAUUUCAAGGAGACAUCCUUCUCCAACUGGGAACAGAAUGUCACGUACAUCAGCUCAACGGGAUAUCACGCUCGUGGGAUGGCACCGAUGUAUCAGAUUACCAAUCGUGUUCUGGAUUUGUUCAUUGGUCCCGAUGCGAUACCAGAAGGUUACAUAAUUGUGUCGGAUCGGAGUGUUGCUUUUGGGCCGAAAGUGCAGAAUCACGAAUACGGUGAUUUGGCUAAACACUAUUGGGCCAUUUUGCUGGUUGUCUCCGUGGCAGCGCUAAUAAUAGUUCUCACGCCAAUUGUUGGAUUCUGUUUUUGCUGCUGUCGCUGUGCCGGAGCGUGUGGCGGACGAUCUCAGCCGUUCGACAAGAAGCACGAUACUUGCCGUCGUGUCUUCCUGGGUCUCUUCCUCAUCUGCACUGGAACGGGAAUAGUGUUUGGUGUGGUGGUGGCGUUCGUCACCAAUUGCUAUAUGCAGCAGGGCAUUGAGAAUGCCACGGUGUCUGCCAAGGAGGGCGUCGGUGACACGAGGCUCUUCCUGAAGACCACGUCGGGCGAGAUAAAUCACUUACUCGUGAGGAACUACAAUGAACUAUCGCAUCAUCUGCAUCAAAUGCUCAAUGAGACGGCCACAAUGACGAUGACGAGGCUGGAUGAGGCUUCAAAUGCGACAUCACUGACACAGCUCAAUAAUUUUGUGCAGACACUGCCGCAGGUGAAGAGGAAUCUCGAGCGUCUGAAGGAGCUGACAAACGAUCUCCGGGCAAAUGCAUCACAAUUGAAUGAUGGACUUCGGAGUGUCAAGGGACGGCUUCUCAACUCGCUAACAUCGUGCGAUGCGGCCGCUUGUCGCGAUGUCCUGACACAGUAUGAAAUUGGAACGCUGGAUGUUAAUGGCAUUGACUAUAAUCAGAUGCUAGACAGGUAUUUUCCUCGGCUUCCAGAUGUCACAGACACAAUUGAUAAUGUCAAUGCGCUGAUAACGGGCAAAUUGAUGUCUUCACUGGCGAACGGCCAACAGGCGGUGGAGGAUGUGAAGAAGAAGAUAAACGACGUGAUUGGGGAGAAUAUUCCCAAAGUGAGCAUGGCAAUCAAUGAGGCUGGACUGGCAAUCAAGGAUAUAUCCAACGAAGUCACGCGGGCCAUCGAUAGAAUAUCGGAUCUCUCGGGGAAUUACACGUAUAAAUACUUUGACAUGGCCGAUGAAUACAUUCGAGAGUACAGCGUCUAUCGCUACUAUGCCGGCCUGGCCAUCAGCUCUGUCCUUCUGCUCAUCCUCCUGUGCGUCUGCAUGGGCCUUCUGUGUGGCAUUUGCGGCAAGCGACCCGACGGAUACGGCGAUGAUUGCUGCAAUAAGGGAGCCGGUGGCAGAUUCCUCAUGAUGGCCGUGGCUGUGAUCUUUCUCACACUGUCUUUGCUCACACUGGCAGCACUUAUUCAAUUCCUCGUGGGAUUGGUUGCUCAUCGUGGUGUUUGUGUAUCUCUCAAAAAUCCAACUGAUGAUCAAAUUUUCAAUUAUGUGGAUCAACUCAUUGAUCUCAACACUGUGAUCUAUCCAUCGUCUUCCAAUAAUCGCGGCAAGAGUGCCAAAGUGAGGCAAUAUCAGCGUGAAACGGCACCUUUCAGGAUUUCACAGGUGAUUGAGGCAUGUCACAGCAACAAGGCGGCUUAUGAGGUGCUGCAAUUGCGCAACUUCUUAGACAUUGCUCAGGUUCGUGGCUAUCCUGAAAAGUACAACAUCGACGGUUUGCUUGAUGACUUGAUAAGGAGUGUCGAGGUGGAGAGCAAUUUGGUAAUUCUCAACAGCGAUGCUCGGGCGGAAAUUGAGAAAUUGGCCGCGUCUGAGUUGAACAAUUUCCCAGCGCACAAAUUUGAGCAGCAUCUCACUGAUGACAUCACAAAGAUCAAUUUGACAGAAUUGGCAGUGAAGCUGGAUGAGACGGCUGCAAAGAUUCCAGACACGUCCAAUAUGAAUGAUAUUAAGAUGAGUUUGAAGAAUCAAGCGUUGCACUUGAGAACGUAUCAGACUAGCUUAGUGACACCGAUGAUGGAUGGAAAGAAUGAGAUUCUAAUGCUGGCGCUGGACCUCGAUAAGACUCUCCACUUCAAUUCUGCGUCCUUUGAGGAGGCCAUCAAUAAAUUCCUCGUUGAGACGGACAAGGCGCAAGAGUUUAUCAAUAAAAAUGGCACGGAAUUUGUUCGGCAAGUCAUCAGUGAACUGACAACAGGUUUCCGCAAUGAAAUCACAACGUAUCUGGAAUUGGUUGUAAAGACCACGGAGAAUGAUUUGGGACGAUGCGGACCCAUUUCCAAUGUGUACAAUGCAACACUUGUGGCGGCCUGCAAUAGAAUCAUUGAUCCAUUUAAUGGAUUCUGGGCUGGCGUUGGAUGGUGUGUUCUCAUAUUCAUCCCAACGGUGAUUUUAUGCGUGAAACUGUCUGGUCUCUACCAGAAAUCCGAUCCCUAUCCCGGACCUCUUGUUGAAUCUGAAUAUUUGUAUGAUGCUUAUAGUGAGAGGGACAACAUUCCAUUGGCAAAUGGACCAAAACACAAGAGGCGGAAUAAGAAGUACGAACGCCGGAGGAAUUCACGUGAUCCGCGGGAUUACUAUGAAGACUCAAACUCACCUGGCGGCUCCAGAGAUAAUCGCUACAAUGACAUGGCACCAAAACACUGGGAAGGAGGACCGCCAAGAUAUCAAAAUCCACCGAUGGCUCCACCCUCGUCGGAAUACGAACGUCCACCGCCAUACUAUUUCCCAGGUGCACCGAGUGAGCACGAUUAAAUUUUUCUCAUUCCAUCCGCAGAGUUCGAUUGACGAAGAGUGAGCAAGAGGAAAUGGAGGAUGCAUUAAAUAAUUGAUUAGUAGAUUAAGGAGAAGAGAUAGAGAGAGAGAGGAGAGGAUGUGAAAAUGAUCUUGCUCGUGAUUUAUCACCUAUUUUUUUGACUAUCGAUGAAAAUUAGGUUUAUUAGAUUUGUUCUCGUAUUUUUUUUUUAAGAAAAUUGUGAAAUUUCAUUAACCAAUUGUUUUUCUUCUCAAUGCAAUCAAGCAUUGAUUUUAUUAGUGGAGAAAAAAAAAUGAGAGAAAUGAUAAAAGAAAAUUAUUAUAUUAGGAAUUGUAAGACAUUUUCCUUCUUUUCUGCGCAACUGAGUGGUUAGUUAAAUUGGAGUGAAAGUAAGAGGAAAUAAGAGGUUAAAUGGGGAGAUAUGCCCAUAAACUGCCAUUUAAAUGAUAAGAAAUGAAAAAUAUUUCUCACACUUGAGAGACCAAUUUUUUAUGUGUAAUUGAAUUCCAUCGAUUUUUUUUUUCCUUUCUUCGCUAUCUUCCUCAUUCUUCUUUUUUUAAUGCUACAUCUUAUGCUGGCUAGGUAGAUAAACUUGAGAGAGUAUUGGAAAUUAGAAGGGGUCAGAUGAAAUAUAUAAUAAUAAUGUGCAAAUGUAAGGCGACACCAAUGAGAUUAAAAAGAGAAAGAAAAAAGCUAUUUAUAAUAAUGAUAGACGGAAAAAAAAGAUGAUACGAAAGUACUUUCCAAAGCAUCACUCAACUCAAUUUAUUGGAAUCUGAUAUGGAAACAAUAAAAUAUAUAUAUUUUUUGUGUAAAUAUUCAAUAUAUAGAAUAUUUCGUUCAGAUUGGUGUAAUAUUUCUGAAAAGAAUUUUUCUUCUUAAAUGUCAUAACAGUGGAAACAUCACUUGAAUCUUCAGUGGAAAGAAGAGGGAAGGAUAAAAAAAGAAGUUCUCAAAUUGAAUGUGCGGUUAAAGUAUGUAACUCAAAAUAAGAGAUUCCCUUUCGUUUACGACAACAUAUUCAUAAUUAGAGUUCACAAGCAAGGAUUUUUAGAUGAUGAAAAAGGCUGAUUUACUCCUUAUAAACAAGGGUAUAUUUAAAGAAGAAUUAUGAAAUCCUUAUUGUAGUAAUUAUAUUUAAAGGGUAAAAUAAAUUUAAAAACAUCUUAGCCAAUACUAUAUACGACACACUCUAUUGAAGUUCAUCUCAUAUUCGUAUAUCUUAUUGAAACUUUUCUUAUAGUAUUCUUCAAAUGAAGUGAAAAAUUCAAUCUACAGCAAAAAAGAAA